AUGGCCACGAUCAGUUUGGACGAUAUUAUUCAGUACCAGCCGCCUGCUACCAAACUCCCUCGCAAUUCGAACCCCCCGCAAGUACCGAGCUUCAUUUCCAAGUACUCCGAUCCGUCACCUUUCGAUGGAACAUUUCCAUCCCAUGGCCCACCUCACGGCUUUCCAUCUUGCUCCCCGCAUGCUUCUGACUUUUCCCCGUCGCAGUUUUCUUGUCCACAGAAUCCUCGCAGCACUGUGAUCGAUUCGCAGGCCUUUUUUGCAAACACCGGACCUCGCACAGAUGCUGUCUCUGCGUGGCUUGGCGAGCUAGACAGGGGAUGGUUCAAUACCCACGAGGAUCAAAAUGAUCGUGUUACCAUGUCGUCAUUCCAUGGGAAAAGCGGCGACGGGAGAGUGCAAGUUUUGAGCGGCGAACAAGAACGGGAUAAAGACAAUUAUGAUUUUCACAAAAAUCAGAACCCGGGGGGAGGUGAAAAUUUUACUACCCAGGGUCAGACAGGGUCAGAAUUCCAUGACCCUUCAUCGCAACCUCUAGUUCUUGGACCAUCACAUGGUCCUGGACUACCAGCCCCAGCGGAGAUGUCUUUCGAGCGAACAAAGCAAUUUUCUCUGGCAGACCAGGUCAAGACCACGGACAGCCUGGUGCGACAAACAGACGCGGUACUCGACUUGGUGGACGAGACCACGACGGCAUAUGAUCAACGUUCCGCCAUUGCGAAUCAGAGAUCACACACCUCUCAAAGUGUUCCACAACCCUGUGACAUCCAGCCUGAUUCUCCCAAUAUUACCGAGGUCCUCAAUGCAAGAGCGCCGCCCAGUUGGAUAUCGGAGGAGACAACGGAGGCUGAGGACAACAACAUCCUCCCAAUAACAUCGGUUUACAGUGUCGUUGAUUCAGCCACAAAUGAAGCGGCAAACGAUGAUUAUGAAUGCGGAGUACACCGUAGUGUCGAACGCUCUCUUGCCUUUUCAGAACAUGGUCCUUCGACAAGGAAAACUCAAUCCGAUCCGGUUUGCGACGAGAGCAGUGAUGAUCAGGAUGACUCGGACGAUGGGGAUUAUAUCGAUGAUCAUUGUCCCAAAUCGCGUGGACACGGAGCUUCUUCACUGCCGACGAGGCAGUUGAGUCAAACUACGACGCGCCAUACCCCAACGCGAAUCCAGAACAGGACUACUCCCCACUCGACCGUCGACGCUACUCAAUUCGACCACUCCGAAGAUCAGACUCACACAACAAGCUUGCAAAACACUGAAACUAUACCUGUUCGAGGCUUCCUGACGCGACAAAUUUUCCUGUCAAGAGUCGUUUAUUCAUUUACUUUUGAAGAAGAACGAUCAAAUACAUGCUCUCACAAAUGGGAUGAAGCAUCUGCACUCAGUGAAAACAAGCUUGGCACCAGAUACUCGAAGCACAAAAAACCUAAGAAGCCUCAAGUCAGCAAUGCAACCGCGGGGACUCGAUAUCUCAGCGAGGAUGAUCGGAUUUUGAUUGAAUUGAAGGAGAAGCAAAACUUGCCAUGGAGUCGAAUCGUGGAACAUUUUCCUGGAAGAUCGAAAGGCUCCCUCCAGUUCGGGACAGACGUCAAAUAUGCAGAAGCGGCCUGCCACCAGAAGCAGCUCUUCUAA